AGGUUUGGAGAACCACGCCGAACGAAGCAAUUUUUGUAGGGUGAACCGGUCCGGCUCAGUCGAUUUUACGGUUUAAAUGGGAGUGAACCGUAAUGGGUCUUAGCAAACUGAGGACGACGUGCUGGCUGCCCAUUCGGUCCUUUCCUAAUACACCGCCCGGUUCCGAUUUAAGUCUCUCUCACUCUCUCUCGGGAGAUGCCACCAUGUUGUCGUCGGCGGCGUCCCUCGCUUCCAAACGCCUCCUCGCGAUCAGUCGAUUUCUCCGCUCCUCCUCUCCGGUUGCAUUCGCCCCCGCCAGAUCUUUCUCCACUGCUUUGAACUACCACCUUGAUUCGCCUGACAGCAAUUCGGAUCUUCCAUGGGACUUUAGUGAAGCAAAUAAGGAAAAGGUCAAGGAGAUACUCUCCCAUUAUCCUUCCAACUAUAAGCAGUCUGCUGUUAUUCCACUGUUGGAUCUUGCACAGCAGCAACAUGGCGGAUGGUUACCACUGUCUGCAAUGAAUGUGAUUGCUAAAGUUAUAGAGGUUGCUCCUAUUCGUGUGUAUGAAGUUGCAACUUUCUAUUCGAUGUUUAAUCGGACAAAGGUUGGUAAGUAUCAUCUUUUGGUUUGUGGAACAACGCCCUGUAUGAUACGUGGAUCUCGUGAGAUUGAAGAAGCCCUGCUAAAACACCUGGGUGUUAAACGCAAUGAAGUGACCAAGGAUGGAAUGUUUUCUGUUGGUGAAAUGGAGUGCAUGGGCUGUUGUGUUAAUGCUCCAAUGAUCACUGUGGCUGACUACAGCAAUGGUUCAGAAGGAUAUACAUACAAUUAUUAUGAAGAUGUUACACCCAAACGAGUAGUUGAGAUUGUUGAGAUGUUGAGAAGGGGAGAAAAACCUCCAGUAGGGACGCAAAAUCCUGAUCGCAUUAGGAGCGGACCAGCUGGAGGGAACACUAGCUUGCUCGGGGAGCCAAAGCCUCCACCGUGCAGGGAUCUGGAUGCCUGCUGAUCAUCGGUUGAGUUGUGCCAUGAAUAUCGAGAAUUGGUGCAACUUGGCCUCAAAAAAUCUUGAGAAGCUUGCCAUUUCACCAGUUUCGACGAUGAGCAAUAGAGACAAUGGUUUUGUUAUCUACUUAUAUUAUCUCAAGAUAAAUUGCAA